GGCAAUGAUCGCUGCACCUUCUGCACCCGAAGCUGUGGCCUGGGCCAGGAGAGCACCAGCAAAGGUUGCCAGCCUUGCCGCCAUGGGACCUUUAAUGAUCAGCCCAAUGGCUCCUGCAAAAACUGGACAAUGUGCUCUGGAAACCAAAUCCUGGUGCCUGGAACUCCAGCAAAAGAUGUCAUUUGCAAACAUGCUUCAGUUAAUUCCACUUUAGUCACUACUCUACCUACAACAUCUCUUGACAUUCCAUUUUAUAUCACUGUGCCAGGGAAGGAUGUUCAGGCAGACACAAUCAGGAUUUCUCUCGCUGUGGCUGGGCUGUCGUGCUUGAUGUUCCUGCUGCCUUUGUGCAUCUGCUUCAGUGUCUGGCAGAAAAAGAAACUACACGCUGUCUUCAAGAAAAUGCACACACCUGAACAGUCAGUUCAGGAGGAUGAUGCCUGCAGCUGCCACUUCCCUGAGGAAGAACAAGGUGAAUAUCAGAAUCCUGGAAAAUCCACAGAAUUGAGAGAUCUCCUGGUGAACUAGAAAUUGAACUGUCCAAGUCAGCCACAUUUUCUUUUGGAGCACAGAACAAGAAUCUGUUUAUGUAAAUAGAGCAAGUGUCAGCACCUGAGUGUUAGGGCAGUAAAUAGUCUAGCUACUGGGGAAAAGGUAUUUUUUUAAUAUUUCUUUAAAAAAUAAUAAAAAACCCUCAAAACAGUUUGCUGAUUUUCUUCCUCUACGAAUAAGGAUAUUUCUGAGAAGUGGUUCUUGAUUUACAUGUAGAAAGAAAUGCUGCAUUUAAAAGCUCUAACAGAGGUGCAGAAUAGUUUUCUGGUCCAUCAUUAAUGUUACCUGAGCCAUAAUUUACAUGCAUUCCAAAGGGAUCUGAAGCUAAAAAGGAGAUCACAUUGUGGAGUCGCUUGUGACAUUCAUGAUCUCUUAAUACCAGCCAUCCUCUUGAGUCUGGAGUCAAAGAUGCUCCCAAAGUCUGGCUCAAACCCAGCAGUCUUGAGGUUUAUUUGCAGAUACAGAUGGAGCUCAUUUGAUCCCAUCACCCCUGGAAACAAAUCCCUCACCCCUGCCAUGUCCUUACAUGCAGGGGAAAAGAAGCCAUGAAAAUCUUGAGCUGCAGAGGCUCCACAGCAGCAUCUGCUGUUGUGUUGGCUGGAGGGAGGCAGUGGAAACACUGAGAGAAGCUGUGGUUGACUUGAACUUAGAAAUAGCUGUAACUUUGCAGCUGGACUGCACCACCCUCAGCCCUACAUCAUUCAGCUUUGAUCUUCUGGGUGACGUAAACUUUAUGUACACUGCAGCUGUAAGUGUGAUAUCUUUGUGGUACUAUUUUUGGAACUGAGGUUGGAAAGAUUUUAACAUCAGACACUG